UAUAGUCAGUGUUAUACGUGGAAGCCAUUGCUUUAUAAAUCAAUUAUAUAUCUAAGAAUCUAAAACAGGAAUAAACGGGGAGGAAAUAAAUGGCGGUCUUAAUAAUAUCAUACAAACCUUACAGUUCAAGUUUAAUUUAUUUUGUUAAAGAAGUUCAAAUGUAAUGGAAACAAAAGUUCGGGCUGCAACAAAAUCUUCAGUUUUGAUUCAAAAUAAUUUCAAUGACGACGUUAUUGAUGUGGUUCCACUUGGUGAGAAGUUGUCAAAUGAGAUCGCGGAUAUUAGUUUCACUACUGUUGCACAGAACGACGUUGGUGAAGUCACGUCAGAUGAUGAUUCUUCGAGCAGUCGAGCCUCAGUGAGCAGUUCCGGAUCAGUGGACGCAAGUUUAUCGAUGUUGGGGUUAACGGAAGAUUAUUUCUCGCACCCAGGGCGAUCACUUGGUUUGUCAUCGAACGAAGAAUUAGAAAUCGCCAUCGAGGGUUGCAAGGAAAUGAUUCAGCAACUUCCGGAAACUUCUAAACGAAGGAAGAAGCUCGUGGAGACGCUCGUUGAACUCCGGUUGAAACUUCAAGAGGACGGUUCCGAAAUUGAAGAAUCGGACACGAAAAUAAUUCUCGGCCAUAAAUUGAAGAAGAAAGUGAACAAAACAUUGAAACAUUAUUGUGAUUGUUGUAGCAAACUUAUUUGGGGUUUGUUCCAGAUGUGGUACGAAUGCACCAUGUGCGGGUUCAAGUGUCACGCAAAGUGCACGACCACUGUUCGGCGAUCUUGUGCAGCUCGUGCACAUAAACCCAACACUUCGUACCAACUCAAGAUUUGCCCCGAAGUUGGGUUGUCAAAACAACUUUAUAAAUGCGCCGAGUGUAAAAAUGCUAUUUCUAUUCUCGGAGGUUCAGAUGAAGCUCGUUUAUGCGAUUACUCCGGUUUGUAUUAUUGUCCCAACUGUCAUUGGAACGACCUUGUUUCGAUCCCAGCGAGGGUGCUGCAUAAUUGGGACCACGAACUGUACAAGGUGAGUCGAGCGAUGUUCCAGCUAUUAUCCUCGCUUUACAAUCGACCUUUGAUAUGCAUCGACGACGUCAACCCGAUGUUGUUCAACUUUGUCGAGGAACUCGCUGAAAUAAGGAAAAUGCGAGAAGAUAUUUUGAAAAUGAAAUCUUAUUUCCUUGUUUGUUCGGUGGCGAUCGAACAAAGGAUUCUGUGCCAGUUGGAAACGCGCCAACACUUUGUCGAUGACUCUUCAAUGUAUUCGAUGCGCGACCUUACCGAGACAAUGCAAGGGACUUUAACGCAUGAGUUGUCGCGGAUUCAUACCAACUUUGCUAAACACAUCAAAUUGGAUUGUUUGUUCUGCCAAGCGAAGGGAUUUAUCUGCGAGGUUUGCAACGCAGGUGAAGCUUUAUUCCCAUUCGACCCACUCGUUGCUAUUUGUCCCAAAUGUAGCGCGGUGUUCCACAACGAUUGUUUCAGUUGUAUCGACACACGAUGUCCUCGUUGUAAACGUAAACAACAUAAGCAUGACUCAUCGAUUUCCGAGGAUUACUCAGCAGAAUCAAGCGAUGAUGACUCGAUAUAUAAUCUCGGUCGAACCAGGAGCAACAUUGCGACCAAGUCAUCGCUGAAACCACAUAGUGGGGUUAGAGAGCAACCACCAGGUGUCAAAAAAGAGCCACCACUAAACAGAGCUAAAGAGCCCCCCACCCCUCCACUUGGUGUCAGUGUUGGUACUCGUCACCGUAGCAACGCGAUAUUGUUAAAUCAAGCUGUUGUAGCGAAUGGCAACGAGAAGGGUUUGAAUGAUCUUUCCCCUUUCCUUAUAUGGGCGAUAUCCAACCAAGACCAAAGUAAGGACAAUCGUCACGAUGAUGACGUCACACCUUACCUCUAUGAUGUCGCGAGUAAUGACAGUUCAACCUCAUCUCAUGACGUUAUAACACGUGAUGUCAUACCAUCUCGUGACGUCACAAAACGUGACCUUAUCGCAUCUCAUGAUGUCACAAAACCUCAUUACGUCACAAAACGUGACGUCAUCGAACCUCGUGAUGUCACAAAACGUUACGAUACAUCGCAUCGUCGUAGCAACACAAACUCUUCAGCAAAAAACGCAAACAUAUCGGAACUACCAAACAAUAACCCAUUCUUAAAUGAUAAUGACGUCACAAACAAUCCAUUCAUCGAGGAUGAUGACGUCACAAACCCAUUUAUGACAAACUCGUUUGAACGCAACAAAAAUGACGAUUAUGACGCAACAUUAAACCCAUUCCUAUAAUACUGUGAUUAUGACGUUAUUGGUGCAAUAAUAAUAAACUCUGUGACGUAACAAUG